CACAGUACAGUGUGUGACUAGACCGUUUUAUUAUAACUCGGUGGACUAGACUGCUAACUUUUCACCCGCGGAGAGAGCGUUGCAGCUGGAGAUUAGCAACGAGCUGUCAAAUAUUCAUACAUAAACUACACCGUUAGCAGACUUACAUUGCGAUCUGCUUUCUCCUGGUGUAUAAUGCAGCUGAUGAGGGGUGGGCGUCACACCAAGUUGGGCGUGGCAUGAGACAGGGACACACUGUGGGUGUCACUGCUACCACCCUGCCCCCCCCCACCCACCCACCCAUCAACAUGGCCUCCAGCUACCUGCCCCCCUUUGAGGGCACAGGGGAGGUGAAGGAGGGCUUCCUGUGCCCGCUUUGCCUGAAGGACCUGCAGUCAUUCUAUCAGCUGCAGGAGCACUAUGAGGAGGAACACUCUGGGGAUGACAGACAUGUCAGGGGACAGCUCAAGAGUCUAGUCCAGAAGGCUAAGAAAGCCAAAGACAAGCUGCUGAAGAGGGAUGGAGAGGACAAGCCAGAGAUGGACAGCUAUGAGUCCUUCUACUACGGUGGAGUAGACCCCUACAUGUGGGAGCCUCAGGAGCUGGGAGCCACCAGAAGUCAUCUGGACUUCUUCAAGAAGCACAGAGCUGCCAGGAUCGACCACUACGUCAUCGAGGUCAACAAGCUAAUUAUCAGGCUGGAGAAACUGACCUCAUUUGACAGGAUGAACAUAGAUGCAGGCAAGAUUAGAGCGAUUGAGAAGUCUGUUGUGUCGUGGGUGAGUGACUCUGAUGUCCCGUUCUGUCCCGACUGCGGGAACAAGUUCAACCUCCGGAACAGACGACACCACUGCCGUCUCUGUGGCUCCAUCAUGUGUAAGAAGUGCAUGGAGUUUGUGCCCCUGCCUUUGGCUUACAAGUUGACCAGUGGGACACGGGAGGCCCUGUGUGUUCCAGGCAGCCCGGGCCAGUCUCAGUCCCCUCCAACAGGGGGUGGUGGGGGCAGCAUCAGCGGGAUGGGCUCCAGGAGAGGCAGCAUCAGCAGCCUGAGCAGUGUCACCUCCAUUCUGGAAGAGAAGGAUGACGAGAGGAUCCGUUGCUGCUGUCACUGCAUGGACACCCUGAUGAGGAAACAGCAGAAACUGGAGGAGAAGGACCACGUGCCUGACAUCGUCAAGCUCUACGAGAGGCUGAGGCUGUGCAUGGACAAGGUGGACGAGAGAGCUCCAGAGUACAUCAGAAUGGCUGAGUCUCUUAAUGCUGGAGAGACCACCUAUAACCUGGACACGGCUGGUGGACUGAGAAUGGAAGUCCAGAAAUACUACGAACUUAUCGAUGCACUGAGUAAGAGGAUCUUAACACUGGGAAUGAAGGAGGAGCCACAGCCCCAUCCAAAGAAUCUCCAGCUACAGAGGAUGGUCAGAUACACAGCCACACUGUUCGUCCAGGAGAAGUUACUGGGUCUGAUGUCUCUGCCCACUAAGGAUAAGUAUGAGGAGCUGAAGAUGAAGCGGAAGCAGGAGCAGGAGAAGAGGCUCGCCCAGGAAAGACUGGCUGCCCAGAAGAGAAGGCAGGACUCUGAGAAGAACCGCCCAGCCUCUAGCACCAAUGGGGAGCCUCCCCAGGCCCCCAGAGUCCCCCGCAUGACCAAAGCUGGAGGCUGGCUGCCCUCCUCAGACACCCUCCACACCCACGGGGAGCUGGAAGACCCCAUGCUGCAGCAGAUAGAGAAUAUCCGGUCGUUCCUGCGGCAGGCCAAGGCCGCCCAUAGACAUGACGAGGUGGCCAUGCUGGAGGAGAACCUCAGGCAGCUUCAGGAUGAGUACGACCAGCAGCAGACCCACCUGGCCAUCACUCUGUCCCAGAGACUGGCCCAGGAGGAGCUGCAGCACCUGGAGGACAGGGAGAGGGGGAAGAUGAAGCACAGGGCUCAGAGCCAAGCCCCAGGAUCCACUCAGGCCACAUACACCUGGCAGGGCUCACUGAACCUAACUGAUACAGGGAGCCUCCAUAGGGAGGGGGAGGAAGAGAACAAGGAGGAAGAGUUGACCCCUAAAGCAGAGAGCAGCCCCCCGUCCAUGAGGGCCUUCCCUGCCCUGACGGACCAGGAUGAGGAGUCGCCCCCGUGGCUGGGGGGAGAUGUAGAGGGACAGAACAGCGCCUCCUUCAACCCCUUUGAGGAAGACUCCACCACGGUGGAGGAGGAUCCAUCCAACCCGUUCUCCGAGGAGAUCCAGAAGGAGCACAAGGAGGUAGCUAACGGGAAGAAGGAGUACAACCCGUUUGAGGAGGAAGAGGAGGGCGGGGUGCAAGGGCAGGCUGAUGGCGUCACAGGCAACCCUUUCGAAGAGGAGGAGAACGAUGAAGGUAACCCUUUUAAAGAGGCUUCUGGGAAUACCCUGCCGGGAGCCUCGACCAAUCCCUUUGAAGAGGAGGGUGAGGCAGCAAUGCCGGACGUUGACCUAAUCGAGGAGGAGUUGCUGCUGCAGCAGAUCGAUAACAUUCGGGCGUACAUCUUCGACGCCAAGCUCAACGGGAGGCUGGAUGAGGUGGAGCUGCUGUCAGAGAACCUGAGAGAGCUGCAGCGCACCCUGCAGGAACAGAAGCUUAAGACACACUGACAGAGAAACUACUCCCAUCUCUACUUUUCUCAUCCUCCAUGCCAGCACCUGAUUCUUACAACAGGGCUGCCCACCCAGGGCUAGAAGCUAAUCCUGCGACUCUACAGUAGUUCCCUUUAAAGCUGGUAUCCGCAAAAGGCGAAACAUCGCCACUGGUCGCCCCAGGUGCAUUUGUUAAUGUUUUUCAAACGGAGGAGAUGAGCAUCCAGUAUCAUGAUAAAAACAGUUUAUAGUACAUACUCUGCUGUUAUAUCCAGAGGAGGCUGGUGGGGGAAGCUAUUGUAAUGGCCGGAAUGGAAUGAUUGGAACGGAGUCAAACGUGGUUUCCAUAUGUUCUGUGUGUUUGAUAACAUUCCAUUUCAGCAAUUACAAAGAGCCCAUCCUUCUAUAGCUCCUCCCACCAGCCUCCACUGGUUCUAUCUCAUGUGCAAUGAUGUCCGAUGAAAAAAGUGUUUUGUCUUUGUUGUUGUAAUAAUGCAAACAGACAUGGCAGUUUCACCGCUAAUGAUUCCAGCUUGAAAUGGCCAAUGAUCUCAUUGAUUCUGGGUUGGUUAAGGUCCGUGUUAG